CACACACACACAUACGUAGAACACAAACCCCACAGCGUCUCCGGUAACUGGACCGCAGAGGUGGGGUGGAGGGUUGUGACAGAAAUAAACACGUGAUGACGCCCCUGCCACUGCUCAGCCCCACCGACUGCCAGUCACACACACAUAAACACACACUCAACAUACGUACACCUCAUUUUCUGCCCUCGCUCGCUGCUGAUCGGGAGGUGAAUUCGGGAGGUUUAUAGUGGAGCUAUGGCGGGGCUGCUGUGUGGGACCAAGAGAAAGAAACAAGAUUUUACUUGUGUGUGAAGUGCCAAAGCUCUGUCCAGCCCAGUGCAAAGCAGCGGUAAUGCAGUCAGAUGGACACAGAGGGAGGAAGCGGCACAAUUAUGAUGAAAUGCAGUGAGCCUGCUCUGUAAUUACAGAGAAAACUGCUGAUCUGUUGUGAGAUCCAGGGCUCGGGCCAGCUUUCAGCUCUUAUGAGAAUCAGAUAGUAAAUCUGUGGGGACACCUCCUCCCAGGUGAGUGAUCUCCAUGAGGAGGGUAAGAAUGCCAUCAAUGCUCCCAUGCUUCCCAUAGGGACAGACAUCCAUCCAGAGGACACACUGUUGGAGGAAAACGCUGAGAGGAUCAUGUUGGACCCAACAUCGCGGGAAAAUCUUAAAUUUAAAGAUCUACUGAAGGUCCUGAUUGACUGGAUCAACAGUGAGUUGGAAGAAGAGAGGAUCAUAGUCAAAGACCUGGAGGAGGACUGUUACGAUGGACAAGUGCUCCAGAAGCUAUUUGAAAAGUUGUCGGGCAGGAAGCUGAAUGUGGCUGAGGUGACCCAGUCUGAGAUUGGCCAGAAGCAGAAGCUUCAGACAGUUUUGGAGGCUGUUAACGAACUGCUGAGGCCACACGGCUGGACUAUCGAGUGGAGUGUAGACUCUAUCCACUCAAAGAAUCUGGUGGCUAUUGUCUAUCUGCUGGUGGCUCUUGCCAUGCACUUCCAGGCCCCCAUCAGACUGCCUGAGCAUGUCUCUGUACAGGUGGUGGUGGUCAAGAAACGAGAGGGCAUCCUGCAGACUGCUCUAGUGACCAAAGAGCUGACAAGCACCACAGAAAUGAUGCUUGGAAGAUUUGAGAGAGACGCGUUUGACACUUUGUUGGAUCAUGCACCUGACAAGCUCAACGUGGUAAAAACGUCGCUCAUCACCUUUGUGAACAAACACCUGAACAAGCUGAACCUGGAAGUUACUGAGCUGGAAUCUCAGUUUGCUGAUGGAGUGUACCUGGUAUUGCUGAUGGGGUUGCUGGAAGACUACUUUGUCCCACUGUACAACUUCUUCCUCACCCCUGAGAACUUUGAACAGAAGGUCCACAAUGUGGCGUUUGCCUUUGAGCUGAUGCAGGAUGGAGGCCUGAAGAAACCCAAAGCCAGACCAGAAGAUGUUGUCAACCUGAACCUCAAGUCCACCCUCAGAGUUCUCUACAACCUGUUCACCAACUACAAAAACUCUGAAUGAACCCUUCCUUUUCACCUGCUGAUAUUACUCCCAACACUGUCCUGUGCCUGUGCAGAUAUUAUGCAUUACAGUCUGGACACUGGAGGAGACCAACUGGGACUGAAAGUCAUUAUGUUGGACUUAAAGAGACCCAGGGGGAGUAGCCUGAAAAAGGCUCUGAAUGUUAGUAUUUAAUCUUCCCCAAAUGUCAGUAUAUUUAUUCCUUCCUUGAAUGUUAACUGCAACCCAGGAAACCCUGCAACCUUUAUCUGUGCAUUUGAGUACACAGCCGUCACAGAAAAAAUGUAUGAGAGCAGAAUGUUAUAACUGGAAAACAUUUGUGUCAAGCUCAGUUGCUUAUCCUCCAGAUUACUGAAUAAAGUUGAAAAUGCUGUUACAUGUUA